AUGCCCUCUGGCACCUCCUCCUUCACACCCGACGACUCGGAAACCGUUGUCUUGUUGCGGGCGACGGCAUCGGACUUACCUCAACAAGUUCAAGAAGCAGUCCCCAGCUGCGCAUAUUCGUGUCUCUCGGCGUAUGUGGAACAGGAAUUCGCAUGCUCCAGCGACGACUACACCUGCCUGUGUUCUGGAUACACCUCCCAGGGCCUCACUCUGGGCGAAUUGGCUUUCAUCUGUACCAAUGUUGGCUGCAAUGGCCAGUCACCGAGCACUGACGUCCUCGCGGAUGCCUAUCGAGUCUGCGAUUCCGAUGGCAGUGCGGCGCGACCUACUCAUAAUACUCUCACACCGCCCGCUUUGCGACCUACCACGUCAGUUUCGAUAUCACCCUCGACAUCACCCUCGACAUCACCCUCGACAUCACCCUCGACAUCACUCUCGGCAUCACUCUCGACAUCGUUCUCGACGUCAGUCUCGACAUCAGUCUCGAUUCCAGCGCCGACUACAACACUUAUGCAGACUGCAACUACGAGAGCCUCGUCGACAAUAUACACUGCCUCGACACCGAGCUCCACGACAACGCAGACAACGAUUCCUGUCGCAUCAGCAGCUUCCGCACGUGGCUCUUCGAAUCUCACGAGCUCACAGGCUGUUGGCGUGUCCGUGGGUGCAUUCGGGGCUGUCGCUGUUGCCAUUGGUAUCGUGUAUUUCAUUGCUUGGUACCGACGUCGAAAGCUGGUCGCAGAGAAGAAACAGAGGCGCGGUUCGUACGAUUUCGUCGAUGACGCGCCUCAUCAAUUCUCGCCCUUCGACAACCAUGGCAGGACUGAUCCUCGAGGACCUCAUGCUGGAUUCGCGUUGUCCAAAGAUGGACGGGGUUCUGAACAGCCGAAGACGCAGCCGCAGCCGCAGACUUCAAGGUCUCAUGGAGACACAUGGACUCGAUAUCCAACGCACGAGAAAGGCGACGAUCGCCACUAUGGCAUGAACCGUUCCACCACACCCGAGAGCCAUUGCAGCGAUUGCAGCGAACGAACCACCUCGGCGUUACUUCCCGCGAAGCCCGAAAGGUUUCCGGUGAAGCCACAAGGAAAGUCGCCUCAACUCGCCGUCAUGCACACUCCUGCGACCGUGUUCGAAGAGUACCGUGGCCCUCCUACUCCCGCUCUGAUAGUGCCGGGGUUACCGUCCCAUCCCGGUGUAGCGAGGGCUGCAAUGGCACAGCAGCAGAUCCCAACUUGGCCACGACAGCCGCAAUACGCCGGCGAGUAUACGCGAUCUCCAGAGCAGAUGAGGCAACCGCAGCUUUCUCUGAAGAUUCCCCGCCAAGCGCCUCCCUCAGACAGCGUGUUGUCGCUGGGUCCUCUCCCCAUGCCGCCCGCACCGGCUGCCAGACCAUCUGCGCAACGCCAACUCUCGCACGCUCCGGAGAGGGAUUCCAGCAGCAGUAAUGGCGUUCUGAGCUACUACGCAAGCCCCGACAGCGGCAACCCCCCAUUCGCAUCCACGCCGAUCGACGAACGAAGCCAAGUCCGCCGUCCUGCUCCCGCCGCAAUCACCGUCACGAAACCGACGUAUCCGCCUCGCGCCGUGCGUGGCUCCACCGGCUCCGAGGCCUCCAAUCGCACUUCCUUUGAGAGCAGUUACCUGGACGAGCCCACGCCGCCAGAAGUCCCGGAGGAGGAGGAGACGGAAGCCAAUCAACUCUCCCCCGUCACCGAAUCCUCGCCCAUCAGUAGGAUCCGCUACCCAAAGAUUCCGCGAAGCUCGGCUCAGGUCGUUCCCCGAUCGCCUGUAUACAAGGCUUCGUCUCCUUCAGACUUCUCCUCUCCCCAGCGCCGCGUCCAUCCGCCUCACCGUACCUACUCUCCUCGCACUCCUGAUCGCCACGCUUCCCCUCGAAGCGGGAGCGGCGGCACCACGCUGGCUGCGAGGAGGAAAGUCGACAGUCUCGCGUGUGGGCUGCCUUUCCCACCGCGUCGGAACAGUCCGCAUGGCAGCAGCCCGCUGCAGGGCUACGGAUGCCGUUCUUCGUCGCAGCGCCACACGCCCAACUGGCCCUUGAGAGUGCAGACGAAGCGCGAGCCGGAGCCGAUGCAGAGCCCUGGGUGGGAACCGUCCAAGUUGACGCCGAGGCGCGAGGGCGAGGAUAUGUACCUCGCUGUGUCUGUCGCGACGCCGAUGGAUGCCGAUUUCCGCCGAUGA